CUCGUCAAUGCAUAUAGCGUUAGAUAUUGCCCACAAAUAAAAGACUGAACAUUCUUCAUUGACCUCCCAAAAACAAAAAUUCCGGAAAAACUAAGCAUUUCACUACCAAAUUUCCCCAAAGAAACACAAUGUCACAAUCAAUCAUCAUCCCAGCUGGCUUCAACCCUGACGGUAAAUGCCUGCAACCCACAGACUGCUUCACCGGCAAGGUCUACUUUGAUGCCCUCCACUCCGAUCAACAAACCUCAAUCGCCAAUGUCACUUUCACCCCCUGCGCACGCACACACUGGCACACGCAUCCAGAUGGUCAAUUUAUCAGAGUGAUUUCCGGGAAUGGCUGGGUUUGUGACAAGGGCGGUGCUCCUCAGAGGUUGAGGACGGGGGAUGUUGUUUGGGCUCCUGCGGGUACUACGCAUUGGCAUGGCGCGGAUGAUGAUAGUACCAUGACGCAUUUCGUCAUUGGGCAUGGGAAGACGGUUUGGCAUGAUGUUGUUUCGGAUGAAGAGUAUGCGAGGAAGGAGUAAGGGUACAGAGUGAUUCAGCAUGGAAUAUAACUUGAUCUUCACCUCAACCCCGGGCCUAUAAUCAUCACGGAGUCUUAGAACAGCACAAAAUAAAGUAUUUUGCUACUGGUCGAUCUUCUUUUCCAUUCAAAUGCAUUCUAUAAACUACACUCAU